AUGGAAAAUGUAAGCAAAUCUAACUUCAAAGAUGGAUUGCUGGUUAUUAUGGAGAGAAACAAAAAUCCUACUGCCGUCUCACAAGGAAGACAAAAUAACUUAGCUUCAACUACAGAAAAAAUGUUGCAAAAAUCAUCUAUAUAUGCUAUUUCACAAGUAGGUAAAUCAAAAUCCUUAAGCCGAAGAUUUUUGUGGAUAGUUGUUCUCAUCGCUGCUCUUUCGGGUUGCAGUUACGAAAUCUACAAGUUUUUGAUGCAUUAUUUUCUAUACCCCGUAGUGAUAAAUUUACUAAUUCAAAACAAUGAAUACUUACCAUUCCCUGCUGUAACAGUUUGUGGUUUGAAUCGAAUGAAAAAGGAAUAUAUGCCUUGUUUGGGAACAAAUAGGCCGAUCAAAAACUGUACAGAUGGUCCAAGCAACUCGCUGAGUGGAGCUGGUGAAUUUGGAGUAUCAGCAUCGGAACGUAUUGGUAUAGCACGUUGCCAAUCCCAGCUAAGUGGCAAAACUGACCACACGAAAUCAAAGUUCGGAAAAUUCGUCAACAAAUACUCGCAUUCAGAUUCAGAAAGAAGAAGACUUUUUGAUGUUACUGCUAAGGAAUUCAUCGACGCUUGUUCUUUUGAUCAGCAGCACUGCUCGUUUGAAAAUUUUUCAUUAUUCCAAAAUUUGCAUUACGGUAAUUGUUUCACAUUCAACAAGAUUUUAAAUAAUUCUUCUUCAGUUCGCUCCCACAAAGUAGGAGUGAAGUCUGGUUUAACUCUCGUCAUAGAAUUAAACCCUACACAGGAUAUACCUGUUUCUCAAUCUUCUGGAGUAAAAGUAGUUAUUCAUCAUUCUGUAGACGAUCCAAACCCAGAAGAUGGCAUUAGUGUUGCACCUGGUCAGGAGACAUCAUUUUCUAUUAAACAGGUGAUUACCAGAAGACUCCCACCUCCUUAUAAAGACCGUUGCAUGGAUUACACAAACAUGUAUAGAGGUCGAGAUGAGUGCAUACUAUUUUGUAUACAAGAGCAAAAUUACGCUUCUUGUUCAUGCAUUGAUCCAACGCUCCCUCACAUUAAUGAUUGGCCACGAUGUAACAUCAAUAAUGUUAACGAUAGCUGCUGCUUGGAUAAUGUUUUAGGUAACAUGACGAAAAAGGAACUGCCUUGUGACUGUCCUCUUCCGUGCGAAAUGAUAAGUUACAAAAUUAUCAAAUCCGCUGCUCUAUGGCCAUCCAGAUCUAGCUAUUUGAAAUCUAUGAGUUUGAGUAAUAGAAGUCUGACCGAGAUAAGGCUCUCCAAAACCAGAAUUCAGAUCUAUUAUUCCACUUUGGAACAGAAAGUGUUCGAGCAGAAAGCGGUUUUUCAAAAUUCAGAACUUUUUAGUCAUUUGGGUAGCGAACUUGGUUUGUGGUUGGGAUUAUCCCUUGCUGCUGCUUUUGAAUUAAUGGAAAACAUUAUACAUUUGUUUAGAUAUUGCUUGACGAAACACUAG